UUCCUCCCGCCCCACAUGAGUGUCCUCCGCCCGCUGCACGUCGACGACCUGUUCCGGUUCAACAAUAUAAAUUUGGAUGUCUGGACCGAAACGUACGACCUGGGGUUCUAUUUGCAGUACCUCGCGACGUGGCCGGACCUGUGCUACGUGCAGGCCGCGCCGAGCGGGCGGCUCAUGGGCUAUGUCAUGGGCAACGCCGGGCGCGAAGGCACCUCCUCUGACUGGCACGGCCACGUCACGGCGCUGACCAUUGCCCCCGAAUACCGCCGCCUCGGGCUGGCGCGGUCACUGACCACGUUACUCGAGCUGGUUGCUGACGCGGUAUAUACCGGCGCAUUUGUCGACCUCUUUGUGCGCUGCCAAAACCAGGUUGCCAUUGACAUGUACGAGGGCAUGGGCUACAGCGUCUGGCGGAGGAUACGGGAGUAUUACGGCAGUCUCGGGCGGGGAAGGGAGGGGCGAGACGAGGAGGACGCGUUUGACAUGCGCAAACCGCUCAGCCGGGACCCGUCGAGGCAUUCUGUCCGCUCUAACGGGCGCGACGUCAUCGUAGACCAGGCGUAA